AUGUCGAUUUUCGAUAAUCAGUCCGUAUGGCGGCUGGCGGCGUCUACGCGCGGAACCUAAAAAUGAAUAAUCUAUUUUACAGUAAUCGUAAAUUGAUUGAUCGAUCAAAUGUUAUCAAUGUAAAUUAUGUGGCAAUUACGUUGUCCACGUAACGAGUCGUGUCGGAAUAGAUACCAGCUUCUGUAGCUUGUGCGGUGACGUUGAUUCGGUUGUGUGAAUGUGUGUGCGUGGUUAAAACUGGAGUUACACGUGUCAAGUUUUAAGAUGAACAUCGAAGACGAAACGUGGGUAUUGUUAUUUCCAAUAUGUAUCAAUGCAAUAAUGUCUGUGAGUGCAUACUACUUGACUGUUCACGUAAUUCCGAGGAUAAAAUCCAUGUUUGUCAAAGCUAACCUCUACGGCAUUGACAUGAAUAAGAGAAUCAGUGAUAAGAUACCGGAGGCGAUAGGCGUUGUCACUGGAUGUGUGUUUCUUAUAACAAUGUUCCUAUUUAUUCCAGUGCCAUUUACAAAUCAUAUACUAAAAAAUGAAAAGUUUCCAUACGACACGUUUGUUGAAUAUCUGGCCGCGUUACUAUCCAUAUGUUGCAUGCUACUUUUGGGUUUUGCCGAUGAUGUCUUGGACCUACGUUGGCGACACAAGUUACUUUUACCUACUAUAGCAUCUUUGCCAUUAUUGAUGGUUUACUAUGUUAACUUUAAUUCCACGGUAAUCAUUAUACCAAAACCAUUGAGACCAUGGUUUAGUUUCUCAUUGGAUUUGUGGAUAUUUUACUAUGUGUAUAUGGGAAUGUUGGCUGUAUUCUGUACAAAUGCGAUAAAUAUAUUAGCUGGAAUCAAUGGUUUGGAGGUUGGCCAAAGUUUAAUCAUUGCCACAAGCAUUCUCAUCUUCAACAUUAUAGAAUUAUUUGGCAGUCAAUGGAAGGCGCAUCAAUUUUCAAUAUACUUUAUGAUGCCUUACAUAGCAACUUCCCUUGCAUUAUUCAAAUUUAAUUGGUAUCCAUCGCAGGUUUUUGUGGGUGAUACGUUUUGUUAUCUUUCGGGAAUGACUUUUGCUGUAGUUGGUAUCGUAGGUCAUUUCAGCAAAACGACUUUAUUGUUUUUCAUCCCACAAAUAAUUAAUUUUCUGUACAGCAUGUUACAACUUUUUCAUUAUGUACCAUGUCCUAGACACAGAUUACCAAAGUAUAAUAAAGAAACUGAUAAAUUGGAGCCUAGUAUAACUGUAUUUUACAAAUCAGAACUUAACACAAUUGGAAGAUUAUCAAUGUGGAUACUAAAAACAUUUAAAUUGAUAAAGUGGCAAGAAAACAGAAAAGGUUUUGUAACUUGCAAUAAUCUAACUUUAAUUAAUUUUAUAUUGAUCAACACUGGUCCAUUAAAAGAGUCAACACUAACAACAAUCCUAUUAAUAAUUCAGAUUAUUAGCAGUAUAUUGGCAUUUAUUAUUAGAUAUCCUCUAGCUUCCAUAUUUUAUGACGUUUAAAUAAACGUAAAAUUACAUAUUUUCUUAUGUAUAAAAAAUAUGAUGUACAUAUUUGAGUGAUUUAUACAAUUAGCAGUUUAUAUAAGAUUAUAUUACUCUUUAAUAGAGAGUUAUUGCAAAUAAAGAUUUCUCAAAAAAUUAUAUUGUAAA